AGUGUUUGGGCUUGGAUCUGCCCGGAGUCAGGUGAAUCGGCCAGUCAUGGGCCGUUUGUUCGUAUUCGCUCUUCUGGGCCUGGCCAGUGGUGAGACCAGCCAGGUGCUUCGCCGGGAGGCGUCCAAAGCAGGGGCCGGCCAAGCCGCGCAGGUGUCUUCUGGUUCUUUGCUCAGCGCGGGCGAUGCCUCGGCUUUGCAGCGCUCCGCCACUGUGGCGCACUUCGAGUCCCUCGCAGCGCUCCAAGCGGCGGCGAGCACGGGGCUGAGGAUGAUGCAGAUGCCGGUGACGGAUGAGAGCGGCACCAUCGAGAAUGUGGAGACCGUGUGGACCCAGCCCGGGCCGCCCGGGCCCACUGGGGACGUGGGUCUGAUGGGCCUGCGAGGGCCAGAUGGGCCUGCAGGGCCACCAGGCGAUGACAGCCUCAUGGAGAACGUGGACAUGGACGAGCUCGUCGGCCCCCCAGGGCCUCCGGGCAACUCGGGCGCCCAGGGCGAUAUGGGCAAGACAGGGCCGCAGGGCGACGCUGGCCCCCCAGGGCCUCCGGGCAAGCAGGGAGAGUUCACCGAGGACCAAAAGGCGGAGUUCGCCAAGGUGGUGCGGCAGCUGAACAAGGCGGUGAAGCACGCGGCGGAGAUGGACAUGAUCGAGAACACGGUUCUGACCCGGCGCCUGCAGCGGCUGAAGCACCACUUCGCACUGAUCCAGGCGAAUCUGACCAUGUCCGAGAAGGUCCUCAUGGAGCAGAGCAAGCUGGUGGAGUGGAAGGUACAGAACUUCCUGAAGACGGACUCCAAGGUGAACAAGACCAUCGCAGCGGCUAAGAAGGUCAAGGACACAGAGAGGGAGAUCCUGGAGGAGGAGGAGAAGGUGAAGGAUCAGAUCAUGGAGGCGACGGCUUCAGAGGCCUCUCAAGCGGAGAAGAGCGCGGAGAAAGUGGCCGACUGAUCCCGCCACGCGCGAGUGGCAA